ACUUUUGAUUUUUUCAAGGUGUUGCGGUCUACCCAGUGGUGCAGGUGUGGCGAUGGAAACCUCAGAAUUAAUAAGAAUUUUAGCCGAUCUAGCUAAAUCUGAAGAUUUGUAUGUGGAGUCACCAAAGAAUGAUACAGCAGAAACUCCGUGCACAGGAAAUUCAUUAAAAGGAGGAGGAAGGAGUAUUGGAGAUGAUAAUGAAGUUCCAAAUUCAAACUAUUCAAAUGCAGUACUAGAAGCCAAGUCUAGACCAGUUUUAGAAACUCGCAAGGCACAUGCUGAAGGGCUUAUGUUAUGGAGUGAUGGAGAAGAAAAUGAAGUUCCAAAUUUAUUCAAAACAGUACUAGAAGCCAAGUCUAGACCAGCUUUAGAAACUCGCAAUGCAAAUGCAACCUUUUGGGGAGCCGUGACGGGAUUUGUUUGGAAUGCUGUUUCGAGAGUUUUCCAAUAUGUGACUGGAAACUAUGCAGUGACAGCGAAAGUCCAAUUGAUACCUGUCAGCGACUUGUUGAGAAGAUUAGAAGAACCACACAGGAGAAGACUUACAGACAGAAUGCGAAUAAUUAUGAAUGAACAUUCUAUCGUGGACCUGAAUACUCUGGUCAGUAAAAUACAAGAAGAUUCUUCAUUAGUUCGUCAAAUAGUUCUUAAGUAUUUAAUAGAAUAUCUUACUGAAGAAAUGUCUUUACCUGUUAGAAUACCCAUUAAGGAAAAUUCUGAGGAAGAUCGUGAUUAAUCUUCUAAAACGUUGGAUAUUUGUCCAAAUUGGGAUAAAAGAUAGCAGCAGAAGUUUGUGAUAUUUUUCUCUUUUAAUUCCUUGUAUGUUUUUAUUUUUAUGUGUGCUUGUAUUCUAACAAUCCUUUGAUGUUCAAUUAUGUAGUCUGUUCAAAGUUUCCUAAGAAAAAAAAAUGCAUGUAAAAAGAAGGUCAAUAAAUAAGUCAUUCCAAUAAA